AUGUUAUUGUCCAUGACAAGAUACCAUCUUUUUCUGGCAAGAAGCUUACCAGUUCCUCCAACUGAAAUCACUUCGGUCUCAAAUAGGGAUACACCAUUCAAAUACCAAGAAACAGCACUACGAGGUGUCACCUCAUCCUACCAUCUGCCUCGGUUUCCAACCAAGAGGACCACCCGACACGGCAUGAGGCCGAAUCGCAUUGAAAGAGAUCUCAUUCAAUUGCAACCUGACGUUGACGAGCUACUUCGCAGAGGAGAGCUCAUUUGUGUCUCCAAGAUUGACCUUACCCUAUCAACGACGGCACAUGAUCUUUCCAUCCGUUUUGCUAAGAUGCAAGACGAGGUGAAGUUCCCAACUUAUAAUGUCAUCACAAUCUUCUUCUAG